AUGGACGCAAACGCCUACAGAUUUCGUGCACCGAAGCCUAAUUAUCUUCCCCAUCGGGCCGACAAAGACGACAUUGUCGAGGAGUACACACCUCUGGGCAAGGCCAGCGAGCUCGAUGAAGCCAGGUAUCUCAACAAAUGCAAGCGCACCGCUCUCGAAUCGGGCAUCACCCGCCCCAAGGGAUACACCGUCUCUUUCCACUGCAACCCCGAGAUGGAGAAGCAUCACUUUGGGCAGACCCAUCCCAUGAAGCCAUGGCGCCUCACCCUAUCAAAAAGUCUCAUCUACUCCUACGGCAUGUCCUUCGCCAUGGACAACUACAUUGCCCGCGCCGCUACUUACGAAGAGCUUAACGAUUUCCACUCCGACGACUAUCUGGACUUUCUGGGCACCGUCCUCCCUGAGCCUGUCCCGCGGGAUGUUGAUAACGCCAACCCCGAUCUCAAGUUCAACCUCGGCGGCUCCGACUGUCCCCUCUUCGAGGGUCUGUACGACUACUGCUCCAUGUCAGCAGGCGGCUCCCUCGAUGCCGCGCGGAAGAUUUGUGCCCAGCAGUCUGACAUUGCCGUUUCCUGGGGAGGCGGUCUUCACCAUGCAAAGAAAGCCGAGGCCUCUGGCUUCUGCUACAUCAAUGACAUCGUCCUCGCUAUUCUGCAGCUGCUACGCUGCUAUCCCCGCGUUCUCUAUAUUGACAUUGACGUUCACCACGGAGACGGCGUCGAGGAGGCUUUCUACUCCACCGACCGUGUCAUGACGGUCUCGUUUCACAAAUACGACCCUCUCAACUUCUUCCCCGGCACCGGCGGUCUGGACGACAACGGGCCGAAGAAUGAGCACAACCCAGGUGCCCACCAUGCCAUCAAUGUGCCCCUCAACGACGGAAUCACAGAUGAGCAGUACAAGUGGCUCUUUGAGAAUGUUAUCGGCCAGUGCAUGGAAAAGUUCCGACCAAGCGCCAUCGCUCUGCAAUGCGGUGCCGACUCUCUCGCCGGUGAUCGUCUGGGUCGCUUCAACCUGCAGGUGCAAGGACACGGCGCCUGUGUCGAGUUCUGCAAAAAGUUCAAUGUACCCAUGAUCCUCUUUGGAGGUGGCGGAUACACGCCAAGAAACGUGGCCCGCGCGUGGGCCUUUGAGACGAGUAUCGCCAUCGACUGCCAGGACAAGAUCGAUCCCAUCAUUCCGACGCACGCCCCUUGGAGAGAGCAGUUCAGAUAUGAGGAGCUUUUCCCGACCCUCGAGCAAAUCUUGGGCGAGCCGCGCGCGAACCGCAACCCGCAAAAGCGACUGAACGACCUCGUUCAGCAUGUGACGGAGCAGCUGAGGUUUGUCCAGGCAGCUCCGAGCGUGCAGUAUCAGGUUAUCCCGCCCGAUCUGGGCGGUCUUAGGGAAGACGUCGAGGAAAAACUCAAGGAGGAAAGGGAGGCCGAGAACGACAGCAUCAGAAAAGCACGCGAAGAGGCCGUCGGUUCAGCCAUGGAGUAUUAA